GUUAGUCAUUGAUGUGGCUAUAGUUAGUCCAUCCCCUGCUGAGACUGACUGUUGGAGAUGCUACUUCCUCCCUCUGGCUCGUUCAUGGCUUCCUUUGCCCGGGACCAUCGCCUCGCUCCCUCUGUUUGGCUUCAUUUUGUAUGGGGGCGAUGGAAUAACUGAUCUGAGCGUAAUCUUACGGCGGCACCUUGUAGCCAAUCAAGUUGGCCUGGAUUUCUCCAGCGCGCACACGGGGCCCUGGGAAGCGAGCCAAGGAGGAGGCAUAGCGUUCCACAAGGCGGUAAUGGGAAGCGCUGUCACUAGGAGAGGAGGCUUGUUUGCAUUUUAUAGCCUCGCUCAGCCGGCAGUGUACAAGAGAAAAACAGAUCUCAAAACUGCCCUUGUGCAGGGAGACGAUUUCUCAUCAGGCACCAGCAGCCGGAGCACCAAGCUCAUUCACGGAGGAGUCCGAUAUCUACAGAAAGCCAUCAUGAAAUUGGAUUACAAACAGGUUGUGUUUUCUUUAGGUGCCUUAUUUUUCUAUCUGUAUGAACAUACGAGGGUCCUGGAGGAGGAUGGUGGUGACGUGACAGCUAUGUGCAAUGGCUGCCCAGCAAAAGACCAGUGUUUGAGAUGGUGCUUCAACAUAAUCACUGGAUAAUUUUCAUUAGAUUUCCCAGACGAUUCCCAGACAUGUUUUAUGUUUGUUUAAUGAAAAUCCUCAUCAGAAAAACAAUUAUAUACUGUAAGUCAUGUAUUAUAAGACGCAUGUGUAUGUUUGUUGCUAAGGGGCGACCUCUAGUUGCUGUAGAAAUUAUUACAGCUGCAAAGAAGGAAGUCAGGAGAAUUGGUUUCAACAGUGAAAGGUGUGCAGGGACGAUGACAAGGAUGAACAAGCACUGGACCUUUAAUCAGGAGACCACUGUUCGUGUCCAGUAUGAAACCAGAAGUCAUCGGUAAUUGUUUUUGACAAACAUAAAUUAACAUUAUGUACAUAACAUAACAUAGGUUACAUAGGUACAAAUAUACAUUUGUAACAGAAAGUAGUGAUUUUAACACAAACCAAUUAGUUUUAGUUUCUAAGCCGAACCAAGUAGUUCUCUUGCCUCAACCUGACCAGACCAUAACAGCAUUGUGCAACCUAAAAUUUCAACAUAUCUUUAGUUUACAGAAACACACACAAUAUUUAUAUUGGUGAUUGGACUGAAAUGAUUGGUGUUUCUCUUUGUCAUCUGCCAUUGUAAAUUGAUUAUCUGGCAUUUUUCAGGCUAUUGAUUGGCCAUAAAAGCAUUUGUAGACAUCCCCUUGGACUCACAGUUUCCUGUAGUAUUAUGCAAAUAAGUGAAUGAUUAAAGGCACAAUCAUUCAGCGAUGAAAAUCAGAGGUUCAGCCCUGAUCAAAAUAUAAUUUAUCUCUCACAAAUGGUCCGUUUUGACUCUCUCCUCCUCCAGUCACUAUAGUGAAAUGAGCCUAGUCCAGAUGGUUGACUAUCACUCCCAUCCAUAACACCUCAGGUGUACAAGUAAAACCUCAUUUCACCUGUUCUCUGAUCAUUUUUCACCUCAUAUACCAGAAAAAAAAGCAGUAAACCUUUCCCUUGUAAGAGGCAUGGAGUUGGGAAGAUGGAGAAGUUCAGGAGAUGGUAGUAAACUUUACAGUCACCUUUGGGCUGAGAGGCCCGUUGAAGUGUGAGGCGAAGGGAAGAGUGGUCCACGGCAUCUCAGCACCAUCUCGCCUUUGCUCUCUCAGACUUGGGUGAACUCGGGGGCCUUGAUUUGAUUUGUGCAGCCUUGAAUCAUAAGCUUUAAUUGCACCUGACAUUUAAAGCUUCUCUCUGGUAUUUAAAGCAGUGUACAGGUGUGGCUCAUUACUGAGAGGGGGAUAGGAGAUUUUCUGAUUUCUCUCUCAUUGCCGGGCCCUGGCAGCGUCUUAACUCAUCACGCUGCCUGUCACCAUCCCAGAACCCCCCUCCCCUGCUCGCGGGAAGCCAUAUCUGACCCAACGAUCAUCAGUCAAACCAGAGUUCAAGCCUUUCAUAAAAUAAAGUCCAUUUCAGUGCUGCAAACACUGUCAUGGAGAAGGAAGCUGCAGACAGGAUCACAGGGAGGGAAUAAAAGACGGUGACUCCGUGAUCACGUGUGAUCCACGGCACAUACGACCAACCCUGCAGACAUCGUAUUUCUCCUGAUGGUGAUUCUCGCAGUGUUCCAUGCUCAUGAAGGCGUUGUUUAUUGUGAUGUGUGGUAUAGUGUGCUGUACACAUUACUAUGCACCAGGAAAGUGUAUGAAUCACUUUGCGCAAUGUUAAAAAUUAUAGCACUUAUCACAGCUGGAGACGCUGGUUGCAGCAAUCUGACUGCAAAUUGUAGAAAUCUCGUUUUGGCCUGUUAUGCAUUUCCUGUGAUUGCAAAACUUGUGUGUGAGUGUGAUGAACACAUCUUAAGUGAUGCGACUUUUAUAACUUUUUCACGUCAAGGACCCCUAAACUGACACAAAUUACAGAUCCCUAUUUUAUAAGAUUUUUGUCUCAGGGUGCCUGAUCGGAUCAGAAUUUUUUUCUUUUAGAUGUUUUAUUGCAAGAAGUGUGUGAAAUCCAUAACCAAAACAGUCGUACAUUCUGUCAUGGUUACUUAAUUAUGGUGAAAAUGAAUUAUUGCCCUUUGAUGAUUUGGCAAUAGAUAUUUGGUUCAUGGUGAUAAAGGAUUUCUCAGAUUGUCUCACCAAAUAUAUAACACGUUGGGAGCUGUGUCCACAUUUUAAGUCCUGUUUGUGAUCCAAAAAUAAACAUAAAGCCUUGUGAAUUUUAGAUAAAUUACGUGUAAUUAAAAUGAGAGCAGCCCAGAGAAGGUGUCUACAUCACAGAGUGUGGCACCAGGAAGAGCAAAAACACAAUUAAAUCAGGCGUUUUAAUUAUUAUUUGUCAGUAAUAUGAGAUCAUACCUUCUUAGUAAAAUAUCUUGUGUCUCACACAGCCGUGUAAUUGCUGUCCAUGCGAGCGUAAACAAAUUAGAAAGAGCAUUUUUUAAAACAGAAAAUAGCCAGUAGGCAUCGCGUUCCAACCAGUCCCAGGAUCCAUCUUUCUCGGGGCUAUGUGUGCCUCGUGUUGGCAUCAGAAAAACAAAGCAUAUGUUGAUUGUUAGCCAGGGUGUACAUAGCAUGUCCUGUUUACUCAAGGUCUCCCUUGUAGCUGCAAACUCCCAACUUUAUUUCUCUAGGCUAUCUGUCAGACUUCAUUUAGCAUUUGAGGAUACGUGGAUUCCCAUGUACUGCAAAAAGGCAACAUACUUCUGAGGGAAUACGGCCACUAUCUGAGCAGU